AUCACCGCGCUGCAUCAAGCCGUCUCAAAUUUCAAGCACUGCCUCCUUGGACAGACACGCUAGUCUGCGGGGGACUGGAUUUAAUCAUAUUUUUCCCUGACUUAUAUUCUCAUGCUCUAGGCCUGUGCUAAUGCCACUUGAAGAUUCGAAAGCCGUUACAAGGCCUGCAUUUCUCCCGCAAAUCAGACAGCGUUUCCAAACCCUCGUAUGGACUUGUCUCGAUUUCGACCUCGUCAGAUCUGCAGCUUUCUAUGCGGAACUUUACCUUGUCAUGGACGAGAACAACCACGAUGCGCGUCAUCUUUAUGCCACAGCACUUCUUCGAUCCGGUCAGCCACAUUCAGGGCUACAAUUAGUCACUGGUGUUCAACAGUCGACAUGUAGUGGAUGCUUAGAGAUCAAGGGAAAGUGUUGUGCUGCUCUCGGUCGGCACAGGCUAGCACACGAAGCUUUUGACGCUAGUUUACAGGAUCCCGCCUAUACCCCGACGGGUGCGCAUUCCAUUUCAUAUUGCCGUACACUCACUGACCUUCUCUGCAGCUUCUAUGGGCUCUCGAACCUCGCGCGCAUUCCGGAGGAAGCUGCAACGCGAUGUCGAUCUGGAACGAUGGCAAUGAAAGGCAAUCUUCCUGAGCAGGCUACUCGUAGUUUCCGACAAGCUCUCGCACUCAACCCCAUGUUGUGGGAAGCAUUUGAGGGCUUGUGCUCUCUCGGUACGGCUCCUGAUGUAGACGAGAUCUUUCCGGUGCGUCCCGCCCCAGUAAAACAGGGUCCGCCAGAAGAGCCCCCACCAGCUAAGGCCCUCUCUGGCCCGAUUGCUACUGGAGUUGGAUUUUUUACGCCUGACAUCACUGCCAAUACCACUCUAUUUCGUGGCCGCAAGAACGUCCCUCAAGCUUUCCGAAUGGAUCCUCCACUAGAUCCACGCGACUCCAUCGCUACUAACGAACCAUUCUUUCAUACGGAGAACUCAUUUCUUCACCCUCCACCCCGCAAUUCUAAAUUUGAGCCAGUAGGGCCCGGCCCGUCUCAGCCCGCCGCUCGACCACUAUCUUCGGCGGAUGAGACUGGUCCCGCGCAGAAGAGGCUUCGAUCAACGAUUCGACAAAAGAGCACUGAGACUGUCGCAUGCAAGCCGUCCAAGCUGACUGUGGACGAAACCUCGAAAAAGGCACGCGCACGCCCGGCCCUAAAAUUUGCUAAUAUCUUCUCAUCACCGGGUCGUCGUUCUCAGCCCGUCAUAUCAUCCAGGCCAGUUGCUAGUGGUGGAAUUACCAAGAACGAGAGAGGGAGUGCUGCUAUUGCGCCGCGGCGAAGCACGCGGCUCUUGAGUGGCACUACUAGCAAGCCCCUCAAGCAUCCACCUCCACGAGAUCGCCGCCGACAGUUGACUACCUCGCGAUCGCGAUCAAUAGACUCGGAUGGUGAGGAUGAUGCCAAUUUGCAUGGAGAGGUCGCGUCCUCGACCUCGCCAACUUCGAAUGCUCAGUCACCUCCCUCUGAGACAUCGCCCGCGCCAAGCAAUUGGACUGCGGCGCAUGAACUUGCUGCUCAAGAAGCGUACGACUCAGAGAUGGCAGACCAAUAUAUCUACGAUCUGCUCCGGCGAUUUGCACGUGCUACUCGAGCUUUGUCCAAAUAUGAUUGUUACUCCUGUCUCAUGGAACUCGACCAGAUACCGCUUGCACACCAGCAAUCAUCGUGGGUAUUGGCUAUGGUGGGCCGAGCCCACUAUGAACGACUCGAGUACGCGUCAGCAGAGCGAGCGUUCAGGGCAGCUAGAGCUCUGGAGCCUUAUCGGUUGGGCGAUAUGGAGGUUUACUCGACUCUUCUAUGGCACCUUCAGCAGAACGUGCAGCUUUCAUAUCUUGCACAAGAACUUAUGAACGUAAACCCACGCUCUUCGCAGGCGUGGAUCGCAGUUGGCAAUCUCUUUUCCUUACAGAAAGAGCGGUCUCAGGCACUUACGUGUUUUCGACGAGCUGCUGAAAUGGAUCCGUCCUGUGCUUACGCGUACACUCUUAGCGGACAUGAGUCUAUUGAUGAAGACCUGGACAAAGCUAUCGGAUUUUUCCAGACUGCCCUCCGCGCAGAUCCGCGACAUUACAAUGCUUGGUAUGGUCUUGGUACCUGCUAUUUGCGGAUGAGCAAAAUACGCCUUGCUGAGUAUCACUAUCGCAAGGCAGUUGAAAUUCAUCCAAAUAAUGCAGUUUUGCUAGGUUGUGUGGGCAUGGCUGUCGAACGUCGGGGUGACAAGGUGGCUGCGCACUCAUUAUUUGAUCAGGCAGUUCGCGUAGCGCCAGAUAAUGCGCUCGUUCGUUAUCGUCGAGCGAAAAUCCUUAUCUCUAUGAAAAGAUACGCUGAAGCGCUGGAAGAUCUACUUCAGCUUCGUGACUCAUCUCCCGAGGAGUCAAAUGUAGUGUUCCAGAUUGCGAAAGUAUAUCGAUUAAUGGGUGAUGAGGUAAAAUCGGCGCACUGGCUCGCCAUAGCACGCGAUACAUCACCAAAGAGUGUCAACAAACUGAAGAAACUUAUUGAUACCGUCAAGGACGAAGAAGGCAGGGAUGACCAGAUGGAUGAAGGUUGAGGGGGCCGCAUCUAUCGGAACGGCGUUCAUGUCGUGUAGAUAGCUGAAACCUCGCGGUGCAUAUAACAUUUUUUUUUAUCAUUGGCGUGGUGGCGUUAUCGCAAAGGAGGUUGUUUGGAUAUAUUUGUGAUAUCGCCCGGCGGUGACCCGGGUAAAUGCUUCUUUCCGAAGUGCAU